CAACACUUGUGAAUAGUGCAUGAUACCAUAAAAGUCAUUAUUUAAUACGUGGUGUCAGUCCUCAGACGUGAUCUGUUGUACGUACUAACGAUCCUAAUCUGUGUUAUCAAGCAUGCACGGUUAGCAUGUGACUGAUGAGGUGACGUUUAUAGUAGGUUAUUUGGUAACGUUUGUCUGUUAUCGCGUACUAUGGAAGAGGAAAUAGCGCAAGAGCAUGGAUUGUUGUUUUCCAUAAUAUUUAUAUUUUGUGUGUUCUUCGGAGUUUUUAUCGGAUUUUUCGUUAGCUGGUUCAAUUUGAUAUACAUAGCGUUACACAAGGUAGAUGAGGAGAGCAGGAAACAUGGUGGAGAACUUGUUGCUGAGGUCUUGCAGAGCCAUGGAGUGAAGUUUGUGUUUACGCUUGUUGGAGGGCACAUUUCACCCAUACUUGUUGCUGCAGAGGCAGCAGGGAUACAGGUUGUGGACACAAGACAUGAGGUGACAGGUGUGUUUGCAGCAGAUGCUGUAGCAAGAUUGUCAAGAACAAUUGGUGUGGCUGCAGUAACUGCUGGUCCAGGUCUCACAAACACAGUUACUGCAGUAAAGAAUGCUCAGCUUGCUGAGUCACCUCUCUUGCUAAUAGGUGGUGCUGCAGCUGGCAUGCUCAAGGGUAGAGGUGCUUUGCAGGAUAUUGAUCAGAUGUCACUGUUCCGCUCGAUCUGUAAAUAUUGUGUUUCUGUCACUUCUGUUCGGGACAUUGUGCCAUCUCUGAGAUAUGCUAUACAGGAGGCGCAGUCUGGAACACCAGGUCCUGUAUUUGUGGAAUUCCCUAUUGACAUACUGUACCCAUAUGCGCUUGUGAAGAAGGAAGUUCUUGGUUCAAGAAGAAGUAGUGGCUUGAGGGCGCGACUAGUAUCAUGGUAUCUGAAAAACUAUGUGGAUAACUUAUUUGCCGGAGCAUGGGAACCACGAGACAUAACCCCACUUCCUCCAAUAAUUCGUCAUCCAACAGGGAAAGACAUUCAACGAAGUGCUGAAUUGCUUUCUCGAGCAAAGCGGCCAUUGCUGUUACUUGGAAGCCAGGCAACAUUGCCGCCAACUUCCAUCCACUCGAUUCGCAGAAGUGUGGAGGCUCUUGGUGUACCUUGUUUCCUUGGAGGUAUGUCCCGAGGUUUACUCGGGAAGAACAGUCCGCUGCAGGUGAGGCAUCAGCGCAGAGAGGCUCUGAAAGAGGCUGAUUUAGUGAUUUUGGCAGGAACAGUCUGUGACUUCCGUCUCUCCUAUGGACGUGUUCUGCCACGAGGUGUCCCAGUGAUAGCAGUGAAUCGUGACAAGGACCAGUUGUAUAGGAACUCUGACAUGUUUUGGAAACCCUCGUUGGCUGUGUGUGGAGAUGUAGGCUCAUUCCUGCAAGAAUUGUCCAUGUUCCUUGUCGACUAUAAGUGCUCCCCUGACUGGCUUCAACAACUCCAAGAGAGGGAUGCAGCUAGAGAAAAGCAGAAUCAUGAGAUGUCACUGGAACCAACAGAUAAAUAUUUGAACCCAUUGAAGUUGCUGUAUGAAGUUGAGAAGAUUUUGCCUGAUAAUGCUAUAUUGGUGGCUGAUGGAGGAGACUUUGUUGGUACUGCAGCUUACAUCCUAAGACCUCGUGGCCCACUUGGAUGGCUGGAUCCUGGUGCAUUUGGAACUCUUGGUGUUGGUGGAGGUUUUGCGUUAGGUGCAAAGUUAUGUCACCCGGAUGCAGAAGUAUGGAUUCUUUAUGGAGAUGGAUCAUGUGGAUUUAGUGUGGCCGAAAUUGACACUAUGACCCGACACAAAGUGCCCGUCAUUGCUUUGGUUGGUAAUGAUGCAGCAUGGACACAGAUUGCUCGUGAGCAGGUCCCUAUGUUUGGAAGCAGUGUGGGCUGCAAACUUGCUUAUACUGACUACCAAGAAGUAUCCAAAGGAUAUGGAGGGAAGGGCUUCUUGGUAUCAGAUGACUCUUCAGACUUAAGUUCCAUUCUAAAGUCUGCACAGUCAUUGUGCCAAGAAGGACACACUGUAUUGGUCAAUGCACUGAUUGGGAGUAGUAAGUUCCGAGAAGGCAGCAUAUCUGUGUAACUAAGAGAUUCUUAGAUAUUUAUUGCACAGUCAACACCUGAAAUAAGCAAUUAUAGAACAAUUUUGUUUCUAUGAAUAGUACAAAUCAGGUUAAUGGAAAAAACAUGCCAGUGGCAUGUAUGCAUUUUCUUAUAAAUAUUUACAUGUGGAUCUGUGUAGUCCAUUAGGCUGUGUAUCUAUAGCAUACUGCUAAACUCUUAACUCUGGACUUCUACUGCAGUCAGAAGCCAUGUAGUAUGGGGAUUUACAUCCCUGAUUCCCAUAAGACAGACGUUAAUGUCUGAUAAAAUUCAAGUGUGGUUUUUCUGCACUGAUUAGACUUGAGAGGGGGUGGGUGUGGUUUUCUUACACUGGUUAGAAUAGAAAGCUCUAUGGAUUUAGUAUUUUGUCUACCUCUCAUACAUAAAUUGUUUUAGUUGGGUCCUUUUAAGAUAUGUUGAAGGUUCAAAAGCUGAAUUGGCAAUGUUGUCCAUUCCUAUUUGUCUUUCUGUGCAGGAGCAUACAUAAGUGCUUAGAAAAAUGUUGUGAUACUUUUAGGUUAUGUGCAAUUUUAUAACAUAUUUUUAUAUUUGAAAAGAGGUGCCAGUCAGUGCUGUAUACUAAUUCAUAUCGCUAGAGAAAAUGAGGUGUUUGUUUGUGUAUGAUAUAUGUAAUCUUGGGGAUCUUAUCUUCAUGCAUUGUUAUUGUCUUUGUAACACCAUGGGUACUUUUUAGUAGUAUCCAUAUUUAUGUAUUCUGAGUAAUGGAUUUAAAUAAAAUUCUGAGUCCUACACAUA